GCGGAUUGGUGGAGGGGUGGCUGGGUCAGAGGUAACUGAAAGAGUAGAAAAGACAGGCGUUAGAGAAGAGGGAGAGCCAGUCACUAUGACUUGUGUCAGCAGAACUGUUCCAGGCAGUGAGCGAUUUUGGAUUCCUGCACUUCCAGCCGGCCCGACCAGAAUGGUUGAGCCCAGCCCUUCAGCUCUGCACCUCCUCUCCAGUGGGGAUGCACACAUGGCAGAAAUCGGUGUUAAAGUCGAACAGGAGGAAUGCAACGGAGGAGGCGGAGCCAAAACCAGUUCAGAGCGCCCGGGGACUUUGCAGGAGUGGUCAGCCAACCAGUCUCUAGAGGCGCGUCAACUGACCCCACCGCUGUCACGCUCCCCUUCAGAGGGCUCCCCAGGAAAGGAGUUACCCCACAAGCAGAGCCCCUUGGGAGGGAAGGAAGCUGGGAUUCAUGAGCAAUCAGAGGCCCAAUCAAAAAUCAAGGAAGGAACCCCUGAGUCUCUGGCGGAGAAGGAGCUCCAGCUGUUGAUGAUGAUAAACCAGCUGAGCGGCCUGAGAGAGCAGCUGCUCAACGCCCAUUCAGAACAGAGGAACAUGGCUGCCCUGCUGCUGGAGAAGCAGCAGCAGCAGAUGGAGGUGGCCCGGCGGCAGCAGGAAGAGAUCGCCAAGCAGCAGGAGCUGCUCAUCAAGCAGCAGCGAACCAUCAACCAGCUUCAGCAGCAGAUCCAGCAGGUGAACAUGCCCUUCCUGAUGAUCCCAGCUUUCCACCCAAACUCCCAGCCGCUCCCUGUCACCUCUGAAUCUCAGAUGACAUAUCCGGUGCAGCCGAUCCCCUGCAAGCCCGCGGUGGACUAUCCCAUCCAGCUGCUGCAGAGCAGUCACCCCGCCUCCAUCAAGAGGAGCACCACCUCCUUCCGGCAGGAGGCCAGCCAGCCUUUGAACCUGACCUCCAAGCCUAAGGGGAUGGAAGUGGGGAAGACAUCCAGCCCACAGAGCCUGGAGCUGGGAUCACUGGCGCUGCAGGGGGGCUACAGAUUCAGAGAUCUCCACAGAGAGGCGUCCCACAGCCCCCCACGGCCCACCCUCAGUUUCCUGGGAGAAGGCGACGUGGUCACUCAGGCCAUCCACGAUGCCCAGCAGCUGCUGAGGAGUCACAGCAGGGGGGAGAAGGUGCGGGACGGGGCCGUGAAAAUGGAAUAUAAAAGUUCUCCUCGUACAGAGAAAAUGACUCACUGUGAGCGAGAAGAAAGACACGGCCUGCAGAGCACGGAGGACCACCUCAGCAGCGACUCAGAGGGCGACCUCCCCGCCACGGUCCAGGGAAGCUACGCCGAGACCCGGCCCACUUCCUCCACCGGCCACAUCAAGAGACCCAUGAACGCCUUCAUGGUGUGGGCCAAGGACGAGCGCAGGAGGAUCCUCCAGGCUUACCCAGACAUGCACAACUCCUCCAUCAGCAAGAUCCUGGGCACCAGGUGGAAGGCCAUGUCCAACCAGGAGAAGCAGCCGUACUAUGAGGAGCAGGCCAGGCUGAGCAGGCAGCAUCUGGAGCGUUACCCCGACUACAAGUACAAACCGCGGCCCAAACGGACCUGCAUCGUAGAGGGCCGAAGGCUGAGGGUGGGCGAGUACAAGGCCAUGAUGAAGAGCCGCCGACAGGAGCAGAGAGGCUCCUACGCACACAGUCAAACCGAGCCGCAGCAGAUCCAUUACUCCCAAAGCGACGGCCAGUAUCCAGCCGGCGGCUCCAUCUCCGUCCCAGGCUUGCCAUUUCACCCCGCGCUGCUGGAGCACUACCUGCCGCAGGUCCCGCCCCCUGGCCGCAGGCCCGAGGGCCGGGCCACGCCCACCCCGCAGCCCAGAGACAGAGAGAGGAAACGAGAGAGGGAGCGUUCCCCCUACAGCGAAGGAGAGGAAAGCGACGCGGGAGAGAGGAGCGAAGGGGAGCUAGUGCUCCUCACAGACUGAUGAGCAGAACUGGGAGGAACUGGGAGAAAAGAUGGUUUUAAUCAUCAGAAUCUUAAGUCCUGGACCCCCACAUGUUCCCCCUUUACCUCAUUACAGUGGAAAAUCAGCCCCUGGCAUCUAAAUGAUCCCCUGCUUUGUGUUUAAACAGGAUUCUUCUACUUUAAAAAAGUUUUUAUUUAAUCCUUCUGCUGCUUGUUUUCCUUCCAUGAUGCCUUUUAUCAAACAAUAGAUCCACAGCCAUGAGAAUUAGAGCAGCAAACUGACCAGCUGAGCUAAAGUCUGUCAUCUCUGGGUCUGCGCUGCCACCUGGUGGUAAAAAACUGUUUAUUACAAGUCAGAGUGGGAAGAAAAACUUAACUGCUGCUGAAAUCUAAUAUACCGACCAAAGAAAAGCUGAUAGAAAGCAGGUCAGAUCAGGAAGCUCAGUGUCUGCUGCUGGUUCUCUGUCUCCAGAUGCUUUUAUUACCCUGGAUUAAAUGUUUGAAAACAGCCUUUAAAUUAAUUCAUCUUAAAAAUCA